GAAGGUGAACCUCUUUCAGUAGUCUAAGUAUGGUGUUAUGGCAAAUCACUGCCGCUAGCCUUUGGGUGUCAAUACGUUCAUGGUAAUUCCAAUGCAUGCCCGAAUCAACGUGCCCUUCUUUGGUGUCAGUUAUGCUGUGUGCACGCGUAGAGGUGAUACAUUUAUUGUUCCUGUAUGGACCAGUCUAAUCAUAAUAAUUAUUCCUGGCUGUUCUUUCAUGCUAUUCAUGAUGUAUGUAGUAGCAGUAUACUAGUAGUGCAUCGUGUUGUGUUGUUAUGCAUGUCGCAUGUGCCGUUUCCCGCGCGCGCGCGUGAAACCGACUUCGCGGCUUGUAGUUUCUGUGCAUAAUUAGUUGAGUCGGCGUCUUGUUGUUUGGACUGGAGACUACACCGAGUUGUGUUCUUUUCGUUGUUUCAGUCAGUUACAGCUUGCAGUUAUUCCUCUCGUGUAGUUCAGUUGCUUUACUAGUGUCUCAUCCUGAAGUAAAGAUUAUUCGUUAUUAUCUCUGUGAGUCAGAUCCCUCUCUCGUCUAAUGGUAGCAGAGGAUGGUUAUCUUCACCUAGUCGGAAGUCCAUCGGAGCGAGAUGUCUGAACACAGCGACGAUAUCAGUCACGAGCGGAACAGGGUCACGGUAGGCGAUGAUGUUGGGCCUGGCCAUGAUGUUGAGCCUGGCGAUUAUGUUGAGCCUGGCGAUUAUGUUGAGCCUGGCGAUUAUGUUGAGCCUGGUAAUACGGACGGCCAGGAAGAGCAAGUCAACGAUGCUGUGACCUCGGCAUCUGCAGACAUGAGAGUGGCAAAAAUUCAAAUGAAACGGCGCUUGACGUCGCGGCGACGAGGCUUGAUUUUGCAGAUCCGUGACGAGAAGUUGAGUUUGGAUGCCGUGAGAGACGAAUUCGAGGCAGUGCAAUGGUUCGCCAACGAGGUGAAUCAGGUGUUGGAGUCACUGGUGACGUGUUUUCAAGCCGAGAAAAAAGGCAAAGCAGUCGACGCAGCAAUAACGGAGCUGGAGGAAGUGGCAGAAGCAAUGGCGCACCUGGAGCAGCAGGUGGAGAUGUACGAGGAGCAACAACAUAUUCGUGCGCGUCAUUCCGCAGGGUUCAGUCAGUACCACCCUGUUAUGCCAUCAAGCUUCAACGCUGCUCACGACCCAUUAGGUGGGGUGUCAGGAACUGCUCAGUCUGCGAGUUCUGCACAGUCCGCUAGACCGUCUUCCGCGCCUGGUGGCGUCAGUGCGGACUUCACUCCUGUCACAAGCAACACAGACACAUUUGCAGCAAGCAACACAUUCAGCACCAACAGGCCUGUCAGUGCCAGUGUCUCAAGUAAAAGCGCAAUCACCUCACUUUCUUCGUCUGUAGGUGCACCCACAAGCUCCAGCUCUACUCCACCAGUCAGUGUGAGUGCAGGGAGCAGUCACCACUCCAGUUCUAGUACCAGUAGUAGCCAUAGCAUCAGUUCCCGCACAAGUAGCAGUGCGCCAGCAGCAGCAGCAGCAGGCCCCACAGUGCCACUGAGUCAGGCCAGCAACACCAGCGCACCUGUAGCUGUACAAGCAACCAAUAGCAAUGUACUGCCCAGGCAAUCAGCCCCUGUUCACUCCAGCAGGGUACACACAGCAGUCAUGAGUGGAAGUAGCCAGAGACCAGCCCAUACAUUACACCAGUCUGUGGCCGCCGUCCCAUUUGUACCUAGAGCCAGUUUCAGGCCUACACAGAGUGUGGCACAUGGCCAUGGCGGCAGCUACAAUGAUCUACCAGUACCAACUCCAUCGAGACCAUCUAGUUUUGCUGCACCACCAGCUGGAGCCACAGACGUCUUCAGCAAAAUGAGAAGCAUUUCAAUACCCGUGUUUGAUGGGGAUAAGCGUGCCUAUGAGUUAUGGAAGGCCACGUUCCUGGCGUGCGUGGACAGUGCGCCAAUCAGCCCAACCCUGAAGCUGUUGCAGCUACGACAGUAUGUAGCGGGAGAAGCGCUAAGAUGCAUCGAGCGGCUAGGGUACGCCCCGGACUCAUACCACAAGGCAAUGGAACGCCUGGAACGGAAAUUCGGAGGUACGCGGCGCCAAGUGAUGGUGUACUUAGAUGAACUGGAACGAUUCAAGCCAUUACACGGAGAUCGAGUCAACGCACAAGAUCUGGAACAGUUCUCAGAUUUGUUGGAAGUAGCCGUGACCAACUUGAAAGCAGCGGGUCGCCAAUCGGAGCUAGAGGUGGGCACUCUGUACGCGCGAAUCCAGCAGAAGCUGCCAGAAGACCUGCUGACAAGAUACCAUAGGUGGCUCUAUGAGCAUCAGCGCCCAGAAGGGGUGGAGGCGUUGCUCGAGUGGGUCAAUCUCGAGGCCGACUUUCACAUUACCGCCAAUGAAGCCAUCGCAGGCCUAGCACCUGGUCGCCAUAGACAUGGCCGAGAGCGCCCAGCAGCCCGAGGCCACUCAUUCCAUGCAGCAGAGUCACCCAAUCCGACACCGGCAGCGUGUCCAGUAUGCUCCCAGGACCAUCAAGUGUGGACAUGCAAAGAUUUCAAGGAAAUGGAUGUGGACAAGCGUUGGAAAGUGGCGAAAACACAUCGGCUCUGCUAUCGCUGUCUGGGCAAGGGCCACCGAGGUGCUGACUGCCAGCGGAAGAGAAAGUGUGGCGUAGACAAGUGCAGCGAUACCCACAACUAUCUACUUCACAGGGCAGUAGCCAUUGACACGUCUAGAGCCAGCAAUGGCACGGAAAGGGGUCGCACCAGUGAGACAGCCAGAACUACAACCACUGCUAACAUCGGAGCAGGCGCCAGACCGUUGUCACUGAGAACCUUGCCGGUCGUUUUACGAAACGGUGACCGCAACCUCAGGGUGAAUGCGCUGUUGGAUGAUGGGAGCACCCAAAGUUAUGUGAACACAGAGGUAGCGGACCAGCUCAACUUGCAGGGACCCAUGAAACGGGUUUCGAUCAGCACCCUCAACGGAGCAGUGGAGUCUUUCGAGUCAAUGCCAGUGGAUCUGCUGGUAGAGAGUGUAGAUGGCAAGUUCAUCAGUCCGUUCUCAGCCAUCACAACUAGUCACGUCACAGGCACACUGAAACCGUACGAUUGGACCGUCGAGUCAAGUCAGUACCAUCAUCUGCUGGACAUACCCUUCGAACAGCCAGCAACUCGCCAGAUUGAUAUGCUGAUUGGCCUGGAUCAUGCCGAGCUUCACUACUCUCUGGAGGAGGUGAGGGGUGAUCAGGGAGAACCGGUGGCGAGGAGAACCGCGCUAGGUUGGACCUGCGUUGGACCUGUGAGUGAAAGCUCAGAUCAUCACCGCACUCACUUCAGCAGAGUCGAUGACGGUAAUCUGGAGAUGCUGGUCCGGCGUAUGUGGGAGGUGGAAGAGCCUCGCCGACAGAGCCCGCAUGCAGCAAAUGACCGACAAACUCUUGCAGAUGCAGAGGCAGCAACAAAGUACUGCAACGGCAGGUACACCGUCAAGCUGCCUUGGAAGAGAAGCCCGCCAGAGGAGAACGGUAGCUACGAGAUGGCACUGAAGAGACUGCGCUCGACGGAGAAACGCCUCCACAAGGAACCAGAAGUAGCAAAGGAGUACUGCCGUGUACUGCAGCAUCAUGUGACCGCUGGAUACGUGACUGCAGUAAAGCUCGAGUCAACAGGUGGUUGGUACCUCCCGCACUUUCCAGUCACCAGACCAGAUGCAACAACAACUAAAGUGAUGGUGGUCUUUGACGCAUCAGCCAAAUGCAAAGGAGCAAGCCUGAACGACUACCUCCACCCCGGACCGAAGCUGCAGAGAGAGCUACCGCACAUAUUGCUGCGAUUCAGGGCAAAGCCAGUUGCUAUCGUGGCCGAUGUAGCAGAGAUGUACCUCCAGAUCGAGCUGUCUGAAGAUGAUCAGAAAUUUCAUCGUUUUCUGUGGCGGGACUUGGAUGCGUCAAAGGAGCCAGUCGCCUACCAGUACCAACGGGUGGUGUUUGGCGUGAAUUCGUCCCCAUUCCUAGCACAAAUGGUGUCUCAGAAGCCUGCUGAGCAGCUAAAAGAAGAUGUCCCACGUACUGCGGAGGCGGUGUUGAAGUCGACUUUUAUGGACGACACUAUGGAUUGA